CAUGCAUAUAAGCCCCUCCUCCUCCAUCGAUAAAACUUUUUUUGGUGUCUUUCCAACAGGUAACUGAGUCUGAUCGCAAUGUCCAACUCCGAGUCCGGAGCCGUUGCCACUCCGAGCAGCACCCAGAAACAGCACUGUCGAAGCAAACGAAAGAAACGAAUCACCGUGACGGAGCAGGGCGUGGGUUUCAAGCCCAACUACGCCAAACAACCCCACCCUGAUGCGCCUGUGAUUACCCGCCCGUGCACCGAGUGCGGGAAGAAGUUCUGGUCAUGGAAGGCUCUCUUCGGCCACAUGCGGUGUCAUCCUGAACGCCAGUGGCGCGGCAUCAACCCACCCCCCAAUUUCCAGCGGCAACCUCCUCCGGAGAAGCAACCACCGGAAUUCAUGACCCCAGAAGACCACGAGAUCGCGGCCGGUCUGUUGUUGCUGGCUAACUCGGACGGGGCGGGGCCGUCGCGCUUCGAGUGCUCCAGUUGCAAGAAGGUGUUCGGGUCACACCAGGCUCUGGGAGGGCACAGGGCCAGCCACAAGAACGUGAAGGGGUGUUUCGCCAACGAAGAAGAUGAUGAGAUGAUGAUGGCCCUGGAAGGGCACAAGUGUGGCAUAUGCCUGAGGGUAUUCUCCAGCGGCCAAGCGCUGGGCGGUCACAUGAGGUGUCACUGGGACAAGGGCGACCCUGACCCUUCCAUCGCCCACCAUCAUCAUCAUCAUCAUCAGGGAUGUGCCCUUGACCUCAAUUUGCCUCCCCCUCUUCAACACGAUCUGGAUUUGAGAUUGGGACUUUAAGGUGGGCAUCACAUCAACACGAUCCUGAUUUCUUAUUACUUACUCCCA